AUUUGCAAUUAGUGAAUAGAAUAGAGUAAGUGUCAAGUUUUUACCCUUUUAUGACCUUGCCUAAAUGCAUGCAUAAUCAUGUCUCAUUAGUCAUUAUUGUGUUUCCUUUUUGGUUGAAGUAGGUUCCUCCCUUUAACUGAGGAAUGGGAGAUUGGGACCCAAGGGAGUUGUUACCUCUUUUUUAAGGCACCUUUUGUUUUAUUCAGUCAACAAAAACAUACUAGUAGUUGUUUUAUUGGAUUGUCACAUUAUAACUUUUGUGUAUUUAGAAUAUCAUCUAACAUUUACAACAGAAUGGUUACACUAUCAUCUAACAUAAGAAUUUGAGUUGCCAUUUAUGUGUGAAAGGAACUGAGGAUUUAUUGUUUAAUAAUGACAACAAGAAGUGGUUCUUCUGAAGUGGUGCCUAAGAAAGUUUCUCCACGUGCUGUACGCCAACUGAGAACUACGACUACUCUAGAUACCGACUCUGUAUCUUCUUCUUCGACUCAAACUAGUAAAAUAUCAAAGGAAAGAAGCUCCAAACUCGCUGAUCGCAAGUCACCCAGAAGCCCAGUUCCUGAGAGGAAACGCCCCAGCAAAAUAUCUGAAUUGGAAUCACAAAUUUCUCAACUUCAAGAUGAUUUGAAGAAGGUGAAGGACCAGCUUAUUUUGUCUGAAUCAUGCAAGAAGCAAGCUCAGCAAGACUUCGAGGAAUCCAAGGAGCAACUCUUAGCCCUAUCUGCAAAACUCGAAGAGUCUCAAAAGCAAUAUCUAGAGCUCUGUGCUACUGGAGAAGCUCGUGAUAUCGAACUCCAGAAAAUCACAGAAGAACGUGAUAGCGCAUGGAAGUCAAAGAUUGAUGUCUCCCAACAGCAUCUCUCAGUUGACUCUACUGCUUUGUCUUCUGCGUUGAAGGAAAUUCAGCUGCUGAAAGCACAACUUGAAUUGGUAGCUACUUGUGGUAGUGUUCAAACUCAGCAAGCUGAAUCGGCAGAUAAAGAGCUACUGAACCUAAAUCAAAACUUAUCAGAAUCACUUUCUCAGAUGGAGAACAUGAAAAACCAACUCAAGAAUAGCAAAGAACCUGAAACUCGGGCACAAAUCUUUAUUGAUGAAACUUUGUUGCAACUCGAGUCUGCGAAAAGAACCGUCGAGAUUCUAAGGGAUGAUGUUGUGAGAGACGUAGAUGGCUACAACUCCAUUGCUUUGGAGUUAGAACAUUCUAGAGCAAGGGUGAACACGCUAGCAACACUUGUUAGCAAAUUUAAAACACGCAUCAAUGAUAAUGAACCGAUUCAUUCUGAUCAAAAUCUUGUGGAUGAUUGUAAAUUCGAGAAGGAAAGUGAAAUAUUGAGAAAUGGAGAGGAGCCUAAUCAUAUUGAAGAAGAGAUUUGUUCUUUGAAGUCUGAGGUUGGAAGGCUGAGAUCUGCUGUAGAGACUGCCGAGACUAAAUAUCAACAACAACAGAUUCAAAGCACGGUGCAAAUCAGCAAUGCGUACGGGUUGAUGGAGCAGAUAAAAUCGGAAUUAGGCCAGAGACAAUGUGAGUUGGAGGCUGAAUUACAAAGAAAGAAAACUGACAUUGAAGAGUUGAAGGCUAAUUUAAUGGACAAGGAAACCGAGUUGCAAGGUAUCAUGGAAGAGAAUGAGAAUUUGAAUUCGAAGCUCGAAAAAAACAUGUCAUCUCAAAAUGAACAUGGACUUCAAAAGGAACUUAAAAGAUUGGAAGAAUGUGUUGCUGAAUUGAAAGCUGAUAUGAUGGAUAAAGAAACAACAUUGCAAAGCAUAUCCGAAGAGAACGAGAUGCUGAAGAUGAAAAUCAACAAGAGUUGCUUGGAUGACAGUAAAGUGAGAGAGGAAAUAGAGAAAGCCGAGGCUGCAAAACGUGAGGCGGUUACAAAACUCGGGAUUGUGAUGGAGGAAGCAGACAGAAGCAACCGUAAAGUGGCAAGGGUGACCGAGCAGUUAGAAGCAGCACAAGUGGCGAGCUCUGAAAUGGAAAGCGAACUAAGAAGGCUUAAGGUACAGUCUGAUCAAUGGAGGAAGGCUGCAGAGGCAGCUGCUGCUAUGAUUUCGGCAGGGAACAAUGGGAAGCUUACUGAGAGAUCUGUGUCUUUGGACAAUAAUAAUAACUAUAAGUAUUCACCUAAUUAUGCUGAAGAUGUUGAUGAUGAUUUCCAGAGAAAGAAAAAUGGUAACAUGCUGAAGAAGUUUGGAGUCUUAUGGAAGAAGCCUCAGAAAUAGUGACUGAUUGAUAUCUAUAUAUUUAUUGUUUUAAUUUUGUGUUAUGUUGUUGCUAUGAUAUUUAUGUUUUUUGCACUUUUGUGCACUCACCUUUGCAUUGCAUUGUAAAUUGUGUCUGUCUGAACUCUAGAACUAUGUUUUAGUUGGAAAGCUGACAUUUAGUUGUUGAAUGAACUUUUGUGCACUCACCUUUGCAUUGCAUUGGGUUAGAAA